AUGCUCGGUACCCGAACCACAUUCAGAGCAUUAAAUCAGCUCACAAACCUGAGACUUGUGCUCGCAAGAAAUAUCAACACCCAGGCUUACAUUGACUCCGUUGGCAUGUUGAAAGCAGAUCUCAAAAGAGCAAUGUUGGCAAGAGACGAAUUGAAAAAGACUACUAUCAGAGGUGUCUUGUCUGGAAUCAAGAACAAAGAAAUAGAUAACAAAAGCAAGCCGCUCGACGAAUUCGCACUCCACGACUUAUACUCGAAGCUCAUCGCUCAGAGAAAUGAGUCGAUUAAGGAGUUCAAGCAAAAUAACAGGCCAGAACUGAUUGAGCGGGAGGAGAGUGAAAUUGGCGUAAUCCAGGUCUACUUGAAUCAACUGCCUGUGGCCUCAAAGGCUGAAAUUGAUGCUAAAGCUAUUGAGCUGCUAAGACAGUUGCACAGUGUGGAGCCUGCUUUACAGCUCAAGGACGUUUUCGGAAAAGUAGAUUGGAAGUCAGUGCCUGUUGACUGGAAAGCUUCUGCUGGGAUGAUUAGAGCUAGUAUUGUUGCGCAGUUCAAGAACGUUUUCUGA